AAUUUCUCAGUCUCAGUCUAUUAACCCCUAUCCUCCCGGCUAUUUUCGACAUUUUCCUUUGCCAUUUCCACUUUCUUGCUUCAAAUUCCCCAACGACUCACACUUUUUAAUUUGUCCCUCAAUCGCUUCAAACACGACCAUGGCUUCAGUCCUUCUUGGCGAGCCCAACUCGCUCCCUUCGGACUCUGCACCCGAAAAACGACGCAAGAUCCCCAAAGUCGCAUUCUACGUCGCCGGUUCUGCUUUUGCGCUGACGAUAGGGAUGACAGCUAUGGUGAUACCUUUUGUCCGGCAAGCGGCAAAAACGAUGAACGGCCCUCAAUUCAUGUCGCACCGAAAUCUCGAACACUUGGCCUCUCGCCGUUUCCCUUCUCCUUCAUUAUCCCCAUUCGCUUCUUCAUCUAUCCCUCCGCGCCAAGUCCGAGAUAGCUCGCCGCCUGUCCCACCUCCAUCCGCCCUCAAGUCCGCCAUCCCAGCCUACUCGAGCGCCAGUAUAUCAGCAGAAAUCCCCAUUUCUGAAGAAGACAUCAAGCAUCUUGGGGAAGGAUCCAAAUCUACUCUUGAUCCGGUCGUCCAGGCAGAAGAGUCUGCAGAAACAAUCAAAAGCCGGUUAUUCAACGCUCGAGAAGAAAAAGCAUUGUACGGUUCAUCGCUCAUGCCUUUAUCGUCCAAUACUGCCUCGGAGGGGGAGGGAGAAGGGGGAGGGGAUAAGAUGGAAGGGGCAUUACUUGGUGCGAAAGCGUUGAUGUUUGCGACGACGCUAGUGGUAGGCUUUACAGGUCUUGGAAUGUGGGCGGUCGGGAAGGCUAUGGGGGCGGAAGAUCCUGCCGAUUUUGCCGUUAAAAUGCGCCAACAACUCGUUCUUUCCAUGCCUCAAUUAGUCACGAGCGUCAACAGACCCGGAAGGAGCACGGACGGUUUCGAUAGUGAGGCUAUUGAAAAGUGGGUCAAUGAGCUGGAAAGGGAAGAGGUGGCGAGACCUAGUUAGAUGAGGGGAGAGGUUUGAAGUACUGGAGAGGUGUGCGAGAGGCGGUGGUUGAUGGAAAAGGAAAGGGAUGAAAGUUAGAUGAGGGUUAGGUUUUAGCAGGCUCAGGCGUUUGAAGAAGAGGGGAGGGGUUAGGACGAUACUUUUGUCAUUUUCAUAGCACGGAUAACGGAUAACUUUGCAUGUACCACGGCAAUAUCAAGCUGGGUAUCGCAAGUGAGUCUUAUCUUUCCAACUUUUCGUACCCUAUCCUGUUUUCUUCUUACUCAACUUUUCGUACCCUAUCCUGUUUUCUCCAAAAUCACCCAACCUUUUCUAUAAAAACGGCUUGAAGACGACUUGGAAAGUAUACAGCGAAGAGUUAAACGAUCGAUGGUAGAAAGUCAACCUUUCCACGUUUGUCCGUCGGUUCUCUGGUUCUACAAAGUUGCCCUUGAGCUAGAGUAGGGAAUUGUGUGAGGAGAGUAUCAAGUCUUUAGUCAAUUGAGAGUUAAAGGCGCAUAAACCUUGACCUCAAGUUGAACCAUUGCCGAUCGCUCUUGUCAAGGAUGAUCCACCGGUAUCGCUAUCCACUUGCACCGAUUUUAUGACGCAAGAACUGUCCGAUAAUAACGGGGACUCUUGUGAUGAAAGGUGGAUCAUGUGGAUAUCGGACGUGGGUCGUCGGUCGUCUGUCAAUUUACCGAAUCGCCCGCCUACGUUGUCUCCCGACGUUUUUGACCCGACAAAUCACUUAUCUCGGGACUCUUUUCCCACGCGACAGCCACAUGGCCAACUCUAGCCCAGCCGGAGACCAUUCUGGCCCAAAAAGCGCAAAAAGCGCAAAAAGCGCAAAACAGCUCCGGCAUUAAAAUCAAGCAACCCUUAAAACUAAACUUUAAACUCCCGCAGCCCGACUGAUUUUUGUCUUUUCAUUCCAAUUUACUUGUUGCGAACUGCGUCGCGUCUUUUGUUUUUGACCUCGACCUCAGGGUAAAAAUGGUACUCCGGUUUUUGUGAAAUAAUACUUUGGUCGUGGAUUGUUUAUAUAAAAUGCACCGGGUGUGGGGAUUGAGAUCAACCUGGGUGUGACAAAAUCCUCGUUUUCCAAAUGCAUUGCUUUUACCUACCAUCUAUACACUCUA